AUGGGGGAAAGACGGGCGCGCUCCUUCCACAUGACGUGCCACGUGCAGCGCGACUAUGGCAGCAGGCUCGGGAGCUCCUUCAUAAGUUGCAGUCCCAAUGGAUAUGCCAGCACGAGCCUCAGCCUCAGCUUGGACCAGGAGAUGGAUGCUGACCUUGCAGCCUCCACUGGCACUACAACCAGCAGCACUGCUGUACAGGCUCCUGCAUCUGACAGAAGCCACUACUCUCCUGUUUCACUGGAACUGGACCCCACAGCGGUGAAUAAUGGAUCAGGCAUUCCCUGCUGUCCGCCAGCAGACACAAAGGACCCAGCGCUGCAGACGAUACACAGCCAGCCCUCUAUCACCUCUGUCCAACCACCUCUCCCUCGUUCGAGCUGGCUGCAUCAUCACCACAAGGAUUUCCAGAGCCCUUACAUCAAGACUAGCAUGCAGGGGGAUGUUUACAACUUCCUAGAGAGACCUGCUGGACUGAAAUGCUUCCUCUACCACUUCCUUGUCUUUCUCAUGGUCCUGGUGUGUCUAAUCUUCAGCGUCUUGUCAACUAUAGAGCAAUAUGCAGACUUUGCCACUGGAACCCUCUUCUGGAUGGAGAUUGUGCUGGUGCUGUUCUUUGGCACAGAGUAUGUGGUCCGGCUGUGGUCGGCAGGCUGUCGCAGCAAAUAUGCGGGCAUCAAAGGACGCCUCCGCUUUAUCAGGAAGCCCAUAUCAAUCAUAGAUUUGAUAGUGGUCAUUGCCUCAAUCAUUGUGCUGGGUGUAGGGUCCAAUGGCCAAGUGUUUGCCACGUCUGCCAUCAGGGGCAUCCGUUUCCUCCAAAUCUUGCGCAUGCUACAUGUGGAUCGACAGGGGGGAACAUGGAGGCUUCUAGGAUCUGUAGUCUUCAUUCAUCGACAGGAGCUGAUCACCACUCUGUACAUUGGAUUCCUGGGCCUGAUCUUUUCCUCCUACUUUGUCUACUUGGCGGAGAAGGAUGCUGUAGAUGAGGAGGGCAAGACGGGCUUCUCCAGCUACGCCGAUGCCCUGUGGUGGGGCGUGGUGACUGUCACCACCAUUGGCUACGGAGACAAAAUCCCUCAAACAUGGAUAGGCAAGGCCAUUGCCUCCUGCUUCAGUGUCUUCGCCAUCUCUUUCUUCGCUCUGCCUGCUGGCAUCCUGGGCUCAGGGUUUGCUCUUAAGGUCCAACAGAAGCAGAGACAGAAGCAUUUCAACAGACAGAUCCCUGCUGCAGCCUCUCUCAUUCAGACACUGUGGAGGUGCUAUGCAGCAGAGAAACCAGGUGGCUGUGCUGCUACGUGGAAAAUGUACGUCCUAACUUCAGAGGCCGUCACCACAGUGGAAUCUGACAACUCCAGUCCUAAUGUUAGGAAACUGAACAUAUCGAAAAGGGGGACCAAGAGGAGGUUGAAGUCCAGAGGUAAUGGCUCCAUGGGUGUGGCCUCAGAGAGGGCUGUAUCAAUCCCCCAGAUCACCUACGAUCACAUCGACGACUCUGUGGACAAGAAGGAUGUCUCAUUUUUCUCGGAGGAGCCGAGGGGGAGUGUCGAAGUAAGGAGGAAUCAUGACAACAGCACCUCCAUCGACAUCUCCCGCGCCAACAGCUUAACCGAUGAGCUGGACUACAUGAGUGAGGACAUUCCCCUGCCAGUGGUGACACACAAAGCUCAGUUGUCCCAUGCCCAGAGAUCCGCAGUAAAAGUUCUUCGCAGAAUGCAGUACUUUGUGGCCAGGAAGAAAUUUCAGCAAGCACGGAAGCCCUAUGACGUGCGAGACGUGAUCGAGCAGUAUUCCCAGGGUCACCUGAACAUGAUGGUCCGCAUCAAGGAGCUACAGAGAAGGCUGGACGGCACGCUGGGGAAGCCAGGAAUGUUUCUUCCAGGAAAAGGGGAAGAUAAGGAAUACCCAACUAUUGGAGCACGACUGAUCAGGCUAGAAGAUAAGGUCCAUCAGAUGGACCAGAAAAUGGACUCAGUCCUGCACAUCCUGAUGGAGCAGUUCCCGCCCAAGCCCGAGCUGACGUCCAAACCCUCCAUCCGCAGGGUGACCAUCCAGAAAUGCAUGGAUGCCAGCAUCGAUGAGGGGCCCUGA